CAUUGGGCCGUCAAAGUAAGAAGUGCCCUGCCUGGGGCAACGAAUUGAGUGCGAGCAUUUACACGGGAGACAAGCCCAGAAACUCAUUGUUUGGGCAAUCUACGUUUUGAUCCAACGGUGAAAUCCAUCAUUUCAUAUUCAGCCUUGUAUUCCUUUCUGCAUCGGAUCAGAGAAUCAGUCGCCUCUCAAAUUAUCUUUGAAUGUCUCUCAAAAGCUCUUGAUUCAUGGAUUUGGACAAGGAUGUUGGGAUAGUAGACAGCUCAGUUAAAGAAAAAACAGCUGAAACAGAAGGAAGCGAAAUCUUAGAACCAUAUGUGGGUAUGGAAUUUGAAUCUGAAGAUGAUGCUAGGAAAUUCUACACAGAGUAUGCUAGACGGGUAGGAUUUGUGGUGCGAAUUAUGCAGCGCCGUCGUUCAGGGAUAGAUGGGAGAACUCUUGCUCGUCGUCUAGGAUGUAACAAACAGGGAUUCUCUCCUAAUCAUAAGGGCACAUUGGGACCAGAGAAAAAGCCACGUCCUAGUGCACGAGAAGGUUGCAAAGCUACUAUUUUGGUUAAGAUGGAAAAGACUGGAAAAUGGGUUGUAACAAGAUUUGAAAAGGAGCAUAAUCAUCCUCUUAUUGUCACAGCCAAUGGAUUCAGUACCACGGGUGAUAAGGACAAGAAAAUUGAAGAGCUCACAAUGGAGCUAGCACGCCAGGAGCAAUUAUGUUCAGCUUAUCGAGAAAAGUUGUUCACUUUUAUGAAUAAUGUUGAGGAGGAAACAGAAGAGCUAUCUUCAAAAAUUCAAGUUAUUGUCGACGACGUUAGGAAGCUUGAAGCUGAAAGGCAGAGAUUUUCACACCGUAGAUAGCCUUCGCAUUCAUCUUGACUUUAUUUAUGGUCAGAUUUGUAUAUUUGGUUUCUUGGAAGCUUUUAAUCAUGUAUAGAAUUCUUUAGAAUCGUUUUGUUGUAGUCAAUCUUAUAAACAUUUAAAUUUGUGCAAUGAACCUUAAAGUAUUCUUGUUAGAUGAAAUGGAAGCUCCAUGAUUCUCUCUCUCACAUUGGGUUGAUUUUUGGCAACAAAAAAGCGGGUAAGGCUAUAGGCCUAGAAGAAUAAAACCUUUUUUUGCCAGUACUAGGAGCAACCCUGUCUGAAGAUACAGGUUAGCAGCCAGAGAGACCUGCUACUAAACCCAUGAAAUGUCAUCAUUGGCUGACAUGACUAUGAUCAGUUGAAAAAAAUGCUAGGACAAUGGAAUCGAAGGUCUUAAAAAUGUUGCUUUCAUUGAGGGUCAAAAUUCACGAAGUUUCAUCCUACUUUUGGAGAUUUUAUAACCUUUGUUUGAGAUUGCCCUUUGCAAAGUAAGCCAACCACGGUGAACAUCACUUUUUUAUUAACAUAUAGUAUUGAUGGCUUUCCCAAAUUAAAAAAAAAUAAUAAUAACAACAACAAUAAUGACAAAAACAUAAUUCUUAUUCCUUAUUCCUUAGACAACAAAAUCCAAAUCUUUAACAAAUUUACUGCUAUGUUAGACAAAUCUUUAUGCUAAGUGUCAAGACUUGAGAGAACCCUGCUCAUUAAUUUGUGUCAUUUAGGUAAAGAGAUUAAUAGAUUUGUCUCUGUGUUAUGGAAUAGGAAAUAGAGCCUCAACAUUGAAAUUGGCUUGUGAAUUGACCAAAUCAUUGGUUAUUGGGAUAUUAAAAUGAAGCCAAAUUUGAACAUU